CAGCGUGUCCCCUUCAAAUCUUUCGUGUCCACUUCUACUUGCUGCCUCCAUAUAUCAUCCAAUAAUAAUAACCUAUCAGUCCGUCGAUCGUCGUCUCCUCGAUCCCAUCCAUGGCCGCCGCGAGCUUCGACGGCGACGUCCCGCGGCACGGCGGGGCGGCCGGGACCGGCCCACUCGGCGUGCACGCGGCGUCGCGCAAGAUCGGCAAGCCGGGCGGCGGCGGCGGGCACGGGCAGCAGGAGCGGAAGCCGGUCAUCAUCUACAUGGUGUCCCCCAAGGUCAUCCACGUCGAGGCCCACGAGUUCAUGCCGCUCGUGCAGCGGCUCACCGGCCCGGGCGCCGGCCGCGGGGACAGGAAGGGCAGGCCGUCGACGCCCGGCGGCGGCGCUGCUGGAUCCUCAUCGUCCCCGAGGCGGGAGCAGGAAGGCGCGGGCAGCAAGGGCAGGGCGGCGCCGCCGGUGCGCGUGAAGGCGCGCGCCCUGAACCGGCCGGCCGGCGGCCCCGCGGUGUCGGUCUCGGUGACGGCCACGAGGCAGCAGCCCGCCAGCCCCUCGGCGGCGUCGCCGCCGGGGCUCAUGUUCCACGACCUCAGCCCGCUGCGCGGCGCGGCGCUCAAGGGCGAGCACCACCCCAUGGUGUCCCCCGGGUGGCUGCACCACGUCGGCGACCAUUUCCUGAGCCCCGGCGCCGGGGCCGCGCUCGGGUCGCCGGCCGCCAGCUUUCUCGACAUCUUCGGGCCGCUGUGAUCGGAUCGGUCCAACCGGUGAGUGGUGACAUGACAUGCAUGGUUUGGUGGCCAGCACACGAUCGAGCUAGGGUUUCUUGCAUACACACCACACCAGUACUCGCAUGAUGCAUGGCAACUGACAGGAUCGAGGAUUUGAGGCCGUCUUACUUUUGAGGCCAGGUUUGAUUAGGCUGCAGGCAGUGGCGGAGCCAGACCACACAAUCAGGAGGGGCCAGACUUUAAUUGAGGUGCUAAAUUAAUAAACGGUAUUAAAAUUACUAUUAAUCUAAUGAAGUUUUUGCAUGGUAAGGAGGGGCCAUGGCCCACUUUGGCCUCCACCUAGCUCCGCCAGUGGCUGCAGGAAUUGUACAUAGUAUAGUUUUUUUUUCAGUAUUCCCUUCGAUCCAAAUCAUCCAAUGGCUUCGCAAGAUCAGACGAGUCAAGAAUCAUUUCAAGCCGGCCGGUGCCACACUUGUCCGGAGAGAUGGAGAUAGGGAUGGAAUUCGAAACAAGUUAGGAGGAGGGGAACGGAAGGGGUAACUAUGUAGAUUAUGGAGUUCUUUGAGAUUCUGGUUGUUCUUUGUUAAUUUGCUUUACCACAGUUCCUAGUUUUGUGAUGUGUAUUCUUAAUUAUGCGAGAAGAUGACAUUGUUUUGAUUUUUGUGCAUUGCUAGUUGCUGUAUACAUUAAUAAUGUAUGUAAUGGUACCAUUUGGUACACUGCUCAUGGAAUUGAUUUAUUUUAUUGAUUCGUUUUA